CGUCUGUUUUGUCGGGGUAUUACGGUAAUCGGUCUCGGCCUGCAGACCACGCCCCCCAGGUCAGCCUCCGUCCACACAGGAAAACAGCCGAGCUUCUGUUCCACCGCUAACUGUUCUCCUGUUGCUGUGGCCAAGCGAAGACACAACUGACAGGAGAGCAGAGAUCAUUUCACUUUGACGAGAUCUUCAUAAGAUGUUGCCUCAACACCUGAAGCAGAUUCGAGUCCUAAUGCUCAACGAAAAGGAAAACUUAGAGAGGACACUGUUCAGACUUGAACAAGGGUUUGAACUGCAGUUCCGCCUGGGCCCAAGCCUUCAGGGCAGGAAGGUUAUGGUGCACACAAACUACCCACUGGAGGGGCAGCAGUUCAAACGACACAUCUUCCGUGUUCUGGAUUGGAAUUACCCGUCGGGGAAAGAAGAUGACUCUGAUAAAUUCUGCUCCCUGGACCUGAAGACAGCUGGGUCCUAUCAGUACUAUUUUGGAUGUGGAGACACAGAGCGGUCAGGGGGAGGAUACAUUGUGGUUGACCCAGUUCUUCGUGUUGGAUCAGACAACCAAGUCCUUCCGCUGGACUGCAUUACCAUUCAGACCUACCUGUCAAAAUGCCUGGGCCACUUGGAUGAUUGGCCAGAUAGGCUUAGAGUAGCCAAGGAGUCAGGGUACAACAUGAUCCACUUCACUCCUCUGCAGACUCUAGGAGUGUCCAGGUCCUGCUACUCUCUAGCUGAUCAGCUGGCCUUCAACCCUGACUUCAGCCCAGAGGGUCAGCGCUAUAGCUGGGAAGAUGUGGGAAUGCUGGUUGAGAAGUUAAGGAAAGAGUGGAGCAUGCUGUCUAUUACAGAUGUGGUGUACAAUCACACUGCUGCCAACAGCAAGUGGAUACGAGAACAUCCAGAGUGUGGUUACAAUCUGGUGAAUUCCCCCCACCUGCGCCCAGCCUGGGUCUUAGACAGAGCUUUAUGGCAUUUGACCACCAGAAUUGCGGAGGGACGUUACAAGGCAAAAGGCCUUCCUGCUGACAUCACCAGCCAGAGUCAUCUGAAUGCCAUUCGUACAGUGAUGCAUCAGGAUCUCUUUCCUGAGAUCAAGCUGUGGGAGUUCUACCAGGUCAAAGUGGAAAGUGCCGUGGAACAGUUUCGGAUCCUUCUGAAAAAUGGCAGUAAGCCAGAUCGUAGUAAGACUGGGGGGAAACAUGGCCUGAAGAUCACCCAGGACCUGCUGUACCGUCGCUACGGCAACACAGUGGACAUGGACUCUGCUCUGGAGACGUUUGUACCUCACAGCUCCUCCCCACAGCACAUUGAAGAAUGCUGUGAUUGGCUUAGACAAAAACUGAAUGAGCUGAAUGCCGAACACCUCCAGGUCGUCCAGCAGCAUCAGGAGCAGGCUGUCAACUGUGUUUUGGGAAAUGUAACUUAUGAGCGUCUGGCUGAUCAUGGACCUAAACUGGGGCCUGUUACCAAGGAGAACCCUCUGGUGACCAGGUAUUUCACCUUCCCAUAUCAAGACAUGACUCUGGAGCAAGAGAUGGAGCUUCUGAACCAGCCAGACAAGAUGUGUCACUGCUUGGCUCAUAAUGGUUGGGUGAUGGGGGAUGAUCCACUGCGCAACUUUGCUGAGCCAGGCUCAAACGUGUACCUGCGCCGGGAGCUGAUCUGUUGGGGUGACAGUGUCAAACUGCGCUAUGGCAACGGACCUGAAGACUGUCCGUACCUGUGGGCCCACAUGCAGAAGUACACUGAGAUCACAGCCAAGUAUUUCCAUGGAGUCAGACUGGACAACUGCCACUCCACACCGCUGCAUGUGGCUGAGGCUAUGCUAGAUGCAGCCAGAGCGGUCAGACCCAAUCUAUAUGUGAUAGCUGAGCUAUUUACAGGCAGCGAGCUGAUUGACAAUGUGUUUGUAAAUCGGCUGGGAAUUAGCAGCCUGAUACGAGAGGCCAUGUCAGCUGGUGACUGCCACGAGGAGGGCCGACUAGUCUAUCGUUACGGAGGUGAGCCAGUGGGAGCCUUUGUUCAGCCCAGUCUCCGUCCACUGAUCCCCUCCAUUGCACACGCCAUGUUCCUUGAUGUGACGCAUGACAAUGAGUGCCCCAUACAGCUUCGCUCAGCGUUGGACUCUCUGCCCAGUUCAGCUGUUGUCUCCAUGGCCUGCUGUGCUACUGGCUCCACCAGAGGAUACGAUGAAUUAGUACCACACCAGAUCUCUGUCGUGAAGGAAGAGCGUUUCUACCCCAAGUGGAAUGCGACUGCACCAGCCUCCUCAGCCAGUGAAGUGGGACCUCACUCUGGCAUCAUAGCUGGGAAACUGGCACUGAACAAGCUUCACCAGGAGCUAGCUGCCCAAGGAUUUAUACAGGUGUAUGUAGACCAGGUUGAUGCAGACAUAGUUGCGAUUACCCGCCACUGUCCCGUCACCCACCAGUCUGUGGUAGCAGUGUGCAGGACGGCUUUCAAGGACCCCAAGGUUCACCAGUAUGAUGCCAACGUCCCACCUAUGUUCAUACCUGGAAAGAUCGAGGAAGUGAUACUGGAGGCCAGGACAGUGGAAAGGAACGUUGGCAUCUACAGGAAAGAUGACGACUACAUCAACGGCAUGCCAGAAUACACAGUGGAAAUCAAAGAGCACAUAGCUUUACAGGACAGUAAAGUGGUGAAGCAAGCUGGGGUGACAUCUAAAGGUCGGUCUGAGUUUGUGCAGGAAAUCAGCUUCCAGAAGCUGACACCUGGCAGCGUCAUCGCCUUCAGGGUGAGUCUGGACCCAAAGGCCCAGAAGGUGGUGGGGGUCCUCAGGUACUACCUGUCCCAGUUCAGCCCAAAGUACAAGCGAGGCAGUGUUGCAGAUGAGAACCCACCUGAGGCGCUGCGAAAGCCGCUGUCACAACUCAUGUCCAAACUGACCUUAGCAGACAUGAAUGUCCUGUUGUUCCGCUGUGGCUCAGAAGAACAGGAAGAUGGUGGAGGCUGCUACAGCGUCCCCGGUUGGGAGACCUUCAAAUAUGCUGGACUGCAAGGGCUGAUGUCGGUGUUUGCGGACGUCCGUCCGAACAACGACCUGGGCCAUCCUGUGUGCGCUAACCUCAGACAAGGAGACUGGCUGAUAGACUUUGUCUCUAACCGGCUGACGAGCAGAGAGGGACCUCUGGCUCUGGUGGGUCAGUGGUUGGGAGCCAUGUUUGAUUAUGUGAAACACAUCCCUCGCUACCUCAUUCCCUGUUAUUUUGAUGCCAUUCUGGUGUCCACCUACACCACAGCUCUGGAUGCUGCCUACAAACAAAUGUCGAGUUUUGUCCAGAAUGGCUCCAGCUUUGUUCGUCACCUGGCGCUGGGCUCGGUUCAGAUGUGUGGAGUCGGCCGCUUUCCGGCUCUUCCUCUGCUCUCUGUAAACUUAGAGAAUGUCCCCUAUCGCGUCAGUCCGAUCACAGGCCAGAAGGAGCAGUGCUGUGUAUCUCUUGCUGCAGGUCUUCCUCAUUUCUCCUCUGGAAUUUUCCGCUGCUGGGGCAGAGACACUUUCAUUGCGCUCAGAGGAUUGAUGCUUCUUACUGGAAGACACACUGAGGCUCGGAACAUCAUCCUGGCUUUUGCUGGAACCCUGCGUCACGGUUUGAUUCCCAACCUGCUGGGCGAGGGACGCUGCGCUCGGUACAACUGUCGCGAUGCUGUGUGGUGGUGGCUGCAGUGCAUCCAGGACUACGCUACCCAUGUUCCCCAAGGUCAUGAAAUUCUUAACUGCCCAGUUACACGGAUGUACCCUACUGACGACUGUGAGCCAUGCAAACCUGGAGAGGUGGAACAGCCCCUGUACGAUGUGAUCCAAGAGGCUUUGCAGUGCCACCUACAGGGAAUCUCCUUCAGAGAGAGAAAUGCUGGACCCAAGAUAGACAUGAACAUGAGAGAUGAAGGCUUCAGUGUGACGGCCAAGGUGGACCCAGCCACUGGCUUCGUCACCGGGGGGAACCGCUUUAACUGUGGCACCUGGAUGGACAAAAUGGGAGAGAGUGAGAGAGCUAGGAACAAAGGCAUGCCAGCUACUCCGAGAGACGGAGCAGCAGUCGAGAUAGUUGGUCUCAGUAAGUCAGCUGUUCGCUGGGUGGUGGGUCUCCAUGCCAAAGGACUGUAUCCCUACGAUGGAGCUAAAGUGCAAAGAGAAGGUAAAGAAGAGUUUGUCACCUACUCCCAGUGGAACCAGCAGCUCCAACAGUCCUUUGAAGCGGCUUUCUGGGUGUCUGAUGACCCGAACAACCCCCAUGAAAAAAGCCCAGAGCUGGUGCAUAAAAAGGGCAUCUAUAAGGACAGCUAUGGAGCCUCCAGCCCCUGGUGUGACUACCAGCUGAGGCCCAAUUUCACUAUCUCCAUGGUGGUGGCUCCAGAGCUGUUCACGGUGGACAGAGCCUGGAAGGCUUUAGAGGUGGCUGAAAAGAAGUUGCUUGGGCCCCUGGGCAUGAAGACAUUGGACCCAGAUGACAUGGUGUACUGUGGGGUGUAUGACAACGCACUGGACAACGACAACUACAACCUGGCCAAAGGCUUCAACUACCACCAAGGCCCGGAGUGGCUGUGGCCAGUCGGCUAUUUCCUGCGAGCUAAACUCUACUUUGCCACGAAGAUGGGACAAGAAACCUAUGCCCAAACAGUGAACCUCGUUAAAAACGUUCUGUCUCGACACUACACCCACCUGGAGAGGUCUCCCUGGAAAGGCCUGCCAGAGCUGACCAAUGAGAACGGCCAGUACUGCUCAUUCAGCUGUGAGACCCAGGCCUGGUCUCUCGCCAGCGUGCUGGAGGUUCUACACGAUUUCUAGGUGACCUCGGUCGUCUGUGAUGCUGGUGGUCCUCACGCAGCGUAUUUAGAGGUCGAUGGGAGAUGAGAGCCAACUCAGCAUUUAGGAUUUACGUCACUGUUUUUAUCGGUUUAGAUUUUAGAAUAGUGUGGAUAUGUUGAUGCACAUGAAGUAAGUUAAGAGCAAAGUCUUUCUGGUAGUAACAUUACCAGAACUGAGCUGACCACAUGGAACAUACUGGAGCGUUACUUCCAUAGCAGAGAUCAGCACAGGACGAUCAACCCCCACCCCAUAACCUGUAGUGAGUGCUGUUAAAGGGCCUUUUUGUCUCUGCACAUGAUGCCUUUACUCAUUACAACUAAUAUCUCACAAACCUUUUGUCUUCCAGUUUUACCAGGUCAGUCUUUGUGACAGUGUGUUUAGCAAUGCUCUAGGUCUCUAUGCUGGUGGAUGUAAUGCAUGAUGAAUUAUUAAAUCCCAUAUUAUGAUACAAUUUCUCUUCAAAAGGAGAAAUGUGGUGAGUGGCAAAGAAAAUCAGCAGAAACCAUAACGAUUGAUGUGGCAGUAGAAAAGUGUGUGAGCUGGAACUACCCAGUAGACCAGCUUUAACUGCCCAGUAGCUCUCACUGCCCAGUAGACCAGUAUCACGUCAGGCUUCGAUAGAUUGAACUGUUACACGCAGCUGUGGUAUAUGUUAUUAAACAGUGUAUGCUGAGGACACACACCCUCCCUUUGCUUGGACAUCCACUAACUGUCGUCAUUUGCAAAAGUCUUUACUGUGCCACUGCAAAAUAAACAUGAGUCAGCUCCU